GUGCAGGAGGGCUUGGGUGCUGUGCUGUGUGGCUGGUGGCACCCAAGACUGUGGGUGUCCUGAGGCACUGCACUUGUGGGCAUGUGUGGCUGUGCCCUGGCACUGCUGCUCAGUGUCUAUCCCAGGGGGCACAGACUGCCUUCCCAGAGAGUGUGUGUACACCACGUGUGCCCUGUCCUUGAUAUGGAGCCCCUCAAGACUUGAAUCAAACUUAGCGAUUUUUUUAGUUGUUAAUCAGUAGCCAUAGCUGGACAGUAAUGGUUGAGCAAUUGCAUUGUGAAUGUUGUAUGCUUGGCUAAUUUUUUGUUUUAGGAAAAGAGGAGAGAAUUCCAAGAUGAAUAGACUGUCUGGAUGAGAGCCACCAGGAGUGAAGCCAGUAGAGCUAAGCAGUAACCGCGGGAAAAGGGAAUUCCAGCUGUGGGCGAUCACGACCACCUACUCAAAACAGACCCCAGACUCAAAUGGGCAGAACUGUGCCUGUGUACUAAUUAGCAUGACAAAUGAGAGGUAUGACUAACAAAUAGGGGGCUGAAUACUAAUUAGUAGAAAAAUUACACAAUUUUUAGCCAAUGAAUACCGAUGCCUUUGUUAAAAUGUAAUCAAUAGUGUAAAGUUUUGAUGACCUAGCCUUUUGUGGGUUACCACCUAGCUCCCUGCUUUGCGCAGUCCGGAAUAAAACAAAGCAGGGCCUCGCCCCACUGCGCGCCCGGUAACGACAACACCCCGGCCGGGACAACACGCCGGCGCGGGGCUGGCCGUGCCCGCGGGCCCGCACACACCUCCCGCAUCCGCACGUUCCUCAGCCGCCGCUGCGGAGCGUGCUGCGGCGAGCCGCCCGCCUGCGCCCGCCUCCCCUCCGCCUGCCUCCGGCUGCCUGCCGCCGCCUGUCCCCCGCCUUCCCCCGCCUGUCCCCCUCCGUCCCCCACCUCUCUCCUACCUGUCCCCCACCUUUCCUCCGCCUGUACCCCGCCUUUGCCCCGCCUGUCGCCGGUGCCUCCCGGUGCCUCCUGCCUGCCGCACCCCGUGCGCGGGCGCCGCCCGGCGCGGCCGGGGUCCUGCCCGUUCCCAGCACCCUGCCCCGGGCGGCCCAGCGGGCAUGGAGCGGCUGCAGGUGGAGGCGCAGGCCGUGGAGGAGUACGCGGAGUACCGGCGAAUUGUAGGUGAUGAUGAUGGAGGAAAGCCCUUUACUCCUGAGGAAUACGAGGAGUACAAAAGGAAAGUAUUACCAGCUCGGCUGCAGAACAGGUUGUAUGUGAGCUGGAGAUCACCAACUGGCAUGGACUGUAAGCUUGUGGGACCAGAGACACUGUGCUUUUGCACUCACCGGUAUAAACAACACAAAACAGACUACGAGGUGCUUCCCAAGGAGCGCCCUAUCAGUGUGCCCUGCAGAGUGAAACGUUGCCCGUGCCAGUCCUACCAGUUUGUCCCCCUGAACGGCACCCAGCCCGUCCGCUGCCGCUGCAAGCACUUCGCUGACCAGCACAGCGCAGCGCCGGGCUUUCCCUGUAACUCCUGUUCCAAGUGUUCAGGCUUUCAUAGCUGCUUUACCUGUGCAUGUGGUCAGCCAGCAUACGCUCACGAAACAGUUGUGGAAACAAAAGAGGAGCGCUUAGCCCAAGGAAAGCCCGUGGGGCAGGAUGUUCCUUACGCUGCCAUGGGAGGACUGACUGGUUUUAGCUCGCUAGCAGAAGGCUACAUGAGGCUCGAUGACAGUGGGAUAGGUGCUCCUUCUGCUGAACUUUUAGAAGCCCCCAUUACUAGCAUGGAUCAUCCAUUUCUAAAAGCAUUUCAGGGGCCUUCGAGUUCCACUCAAACCAUGCCACAAAUAGCAGGUAGUUCAAGUGCCACAGGGCAAGUUUCUCAUGGAAAACAAUCAGAAGCUGAUGACAUGGCUUACUUUGAAAAACGCUAUCAAGAACGGCUGAAAAUGGAGAAAGCUGCUAAACGGAAAGAGAGGAACCCAGUGCCAUCAAAGAAGCCAUGAGAUUAACAAAUAAAUAUUUAUUAUUUGGCACAUUGUUCAUUAUUGCAUUGAGUAUUUUCCUCUGUGCCUACCUGCAUACCUGUAUUUAUUCAUUUAUUUAUUCUGUUGUUUUGUUCCUUUGCUGAAAUUAAUUUUUAAUUAUCUCAUAAUAAAAUUGGUUCUUUAA